AAAAGCACAACUUUGACUCAAAUCGGAGAAGAAGAAGAAGAAGAAGAGGACUACGAAAUCCAUGGAUUCCAAUCCGUGCUGCGCUUUCCUAGAGAUCCUCCUCGCCAUCGUCCUCCCUCCUCUCGGCGUCUUCUUGCACUACGGCUGCUGCAGCCUAGAGUUCUGCAUCUGUUUGCUGCUCACCAUCCUUGGCUAUGUCCCUGGCAUCAUCUAUGCCAUCUAUGUUCUUGUCGCCACCGACCGCCGCCGCGAGUAUUAUGAGCCCCUUGCUUGAUUUGGUGUGGUGGACCUCCUCCUCCUCUUCAUGUUUGCUUCUCAAAGUCUUGUGCUUUUAGAUCUGAAUGAAUUUGGGGUUGAGGUUUGGUUCAUUGUCAUGUUGAGUAAAUAGAUCUUGCAAUGGAUUAUGGUUUGGUAUUAAGUUGAUGCUUAUCUUGUGAAUCUAAAGUUUGUUUCUAUUAUUGUCUGAUUGAUUGUUGUGUUCGGAAUCAGAAAUACUUUUAUUGUGCUUUGGAAUUGGGCGUUGUUCAUUGUCAUCCAGGAUGUCUGGCUUUUGUAUGUUUCCAAUGCAGUGAAUUAUCAUCUUGUGAACCCAAA